GGAUUAAUUAUGAUCCUAGAUAAUAAUGCUCAGAGAUUAACGAUUAACUGUUGAUUAGUUAAGUCCAGUUGAUGGAGUUGAGUGAGAAACAAUUGGCAAGUAUAAAUAUUGUUUCGGCAACAAUUAGAUGAGCAAUCGAAUUAAGUGAAUCAUGUUGGUCUCGUUCAUUUUAUUAACUUUCCUCGCUAAUUUCCACCUCGAUGAAGCUUGUUUCAUCACUAAUUGUCCACCCGGAGGAAAAAGAUCUCAUGGUGACAUUGACCAUAUGAGAGAAUGUCUUCGUUGUGGUCCAGGUAACAAAGGUCAUUGUGUCGCUUCAAAUGUUCGCUGUGGUUCAGGCUUCGGAUGUUUAAUUAACAAUCACUAUUCAGCCCCAUGUAGAGACGAAAAUUUCAUGUCGAUCCCAUGUAAAGUUCCUGGAAAACUCUGUUCAUCAGGUCAAGGAAUCUGUUGUAGUAUUUCGCGCUAUUUCUUAAAUUCAAUAUUUGCACUGAAUUGAUUAACCAUGGAUGAGAAAGAUAAAUCAGCGGUGACCAGAAUCGCUUAAAAUGAGCUUAUACUGAACA